AUGCAUGAGGCCUAUUCCCCGGCGGAAAAGGGUGCCUACUACCCAGAUGACAAGUGUGUGGUGGUGAUGCCGCCGCCGGUGGGUGCGGGAAUGCAGGCGAUCCAGCCAGAAAGAAGACCAUCAAACGCCCCAGAAGUUGCUGCAGCGGCGCCUGCUCAACCGCCAGGUUAUGCAGAAUCCGCUCUGCCGGAACGACCGGAACAACUGCCGUUUUGGAGGAGAAAUCUGUUAUGGAUUAUCGCUAUCGCGGGAUUGAUUGUGCUCGUCCUCGGGAUGGCUAUUGGGAUGGUCAGCCGUCAAGUGAAUUCGCCCAAGGAGCUAGACGAAUCCAAAUCAGUCGUAGCUCAGCCUGUUACUAUCUCGAACAACACUUUGAACAGUGUGGCAAGCUCCAGCGUAAUCUUGAACGACAACAAGACAAUCAACACCCACGUGGUUUGGCAGAAUUCAACCAACGGUACGAUACAUCUCCAGGUUAGCCUGGACGGAAAGAAGUUUCAAGCGGAGCAGCUUGUCAAAUUGGAAAUUCUUCCCAGACUUGGAUCUCCGCUAUCAGCUACCACAGAAGUCGACCCAACGACCGGUGUUGUGAUGCUCAAUGUGUUCUAUCUCUCUGGAUACAAUAAUAUCACGAUUUCCGCCGUGACUUGUUCGCCAUACACCGAUAGGUGCAAUACCAUCGCGAAUUGCGUUCUGCCGACUAAAAUCCCGGCCAGCAACUAUACAGGUCUCGCUGCAGUGAACGUGAACUCAGCUCAGGAUUGGCGGGUAUACUACCACGACAAAGAUGGGUACAUUUCCGAGCUUCAGGGCGAUAAUUCGGGAUUCAACACUGGCAAAACAAUAGGUGGAUCGGCUCUCAACGGCUCAUCUAUUGCUGCUGUGAACAUCAACUCGACAACCAACAACAUCAACGUUUUCUUCGUUGACACCUUCACGAAGUCGCUCUUUAAAAUGCAAUAUACUGCUAACUCCUGGACAAAGCCAUCCAUCGUCUCCUCGGUGUACAUCGACUCCUGGAACCCGCUGUCUGGUCUCGCUGCUGCCUACACUGUCAUCCAAGAUCAACUGCAUGUCUACUACACUGGACUGGAUAAGGGUAUCUACGAGUUCAUUGGCUCUAGGGCCUCUACCACAGUCAAUACGGCAUGGGAUGCGCUACCGACUCGAAACUCCACUUGGGGCGAGGCAGACAUCGUUGGAGCCCCAAUCAGCGCGGUAGGAUGGGACGACCAAGCCCGCUUUUACCAAAUCAUGCGAGGUACACUGGCGGAGAACUCAUUAGACAACACGACCUGGACCGAAUCAUUUAUCGACGACAGUGGGCGGACAAGCAAGUAG